GGUGGCGGCGGCGGCUGGAGAGCCAUUUCCUUUCUGCUCGCACGGCCGGCCAGGCUCCACCUCUUCCUCGAGAAACUGGAUUUUGAAUUUCCCAACGCAGGGGGCUGCCUCCGCCGGAGAAGCAGCGCUUUCCCAAGCCCGAUCGCCGGUGGUGUCCCAGGAUCCCUCUGCCAAUCACCCCUUGCUGUGAGAAAUGGAUAACAGCUGCAAAGCCAAGAGAACCAUUAACAGAACAACCAUAGAGGUGAAGAAGGAAAUUAUUUCCAAACAUGAAAGUGGUGCCCGCGUACGUGACCUGGCAAGGCAGUUUGGUAUAGCCAAAUCGACAAUUUGUACCAUCUUAAAAAAUAAAAAAGCCAUUAAAGGAGCCAACGUUGCAAGAGGUGUUAAAACACUGACAAAACAAAGAACGCAGACCAUUGAGGAAGUGGAAAAGUUGCUUUUCAUAUGGAUAACUGAAAAACAGCUGGCCGGAGACAGCAUUUCUGAGAGCAUGAUUUGUGAAAAAGCUUUACGUUUGCAUGCCGACCUCGUCAGAAACAUCCCUGGAGCAAGUGAGGGUGAGAUUUUCAAAGCAAGCAGAGGCUGGUUUGAUAAUUUUAAGAGGAGAAGUGGGAUACACAUUGCGGCGAGACACGGUGAAGUUGCCAGCGCCAACAGAGAAGACGCCGACCAAUUUGUUUUGGAAUUUCAAGAUUACGUAGCGGCUGAGGGUUUCCUUCCCCAACAAGUGUUCAACUGUGACGAGACAGGCCUCUUUUGGAAGAAAAUGCCCAAGAGGACCUACAUAACAGAGGAGGAGAAAUCAUUGCCAGGACACAAGCCCAUGAAAGACAGGCUGACCCUUUUAUUAUGUGCGAACGCAAGCGGAGAUUUCAAGUUGAAGCCUUUGCUGGUCUACCUUUCGGAGACCCCCAGGGUAUUUAAGAAAAACAAUGUCAUCAAAAGCGAAUUGCCUGUGAUGUGGAGGGCCAACAGCAGAGCUUGGCUGACCAGGCGAUUUUUCGUUGAGUGGGUUCACGAAGUGUUUGGGCCAAGCGUGAAAAAAUACCUCCAGGACCAAAAUCUUCCACUGAAGUGUCUGCUUGUUAUGGAUAACGCUCCAGCCCACCCUCCAGGACUGGCGGACGAGUUGAUGGAAGAGUUUGGUUUUAUCAGUGUCAAGUUUUUGCCCCCCAACACGACUCCCCUCGUUCAGCCCAUGGACCAGCAGGUCAUGUCUAAUUUUAAGAAGCUUUACACCAAAGCACUGUUCCAAAUGUGCUCUGAGGUGACCUCAGACCCAGAGCUAACCCUCAGAGAGUUCUGGAAGAACCGUUUCAAUAUCCUACAUUGCUUGCAUCUCAUAGACAAAGCAUGGGGCGAUGUGUCUCAGAGAACACUGACGUCGGCGUGGAAGGAAUUGUGGCCGGCAGCUGUUCCUGAAGGUGUAUUUGAGGAUGUUGGAGAAGAUGCUCCUGUUGUUGAGGAUAUUUUGUCUCUGGGAAAGUCCCUGGGCUUAGAAGUGAGCAGAGAGGACGUGGAGGUGUUAGUGGAGGACCACAAGACGGAGCUCACCACCGAAGAACUCCAGAACAUUCUGAUGGAGCAGCAACAGGCGGCAACUGUGGAAUUGUCUGAGGAGGAGGAGGAGGAGAGAAGAGAAAGCGUUCCUACUGCCCUGAUCGAAGAAAUGUGUGCGAAAUGGGCUCAACUGCAAAGCUUUGUUGAAAAAUAUCACCCCGAUGCCGCUGCAGUCAGUCAUGCCACCAACACGUUCAAUGAUAGCGCUAUGUCUCACUUUAGACAAAUUUUAAAACAACGGAAAAGAUCCGCUGAAUCUGAACCAGGUGUCAGUGAUGUAAAAAGGGAAGGCAUGGCAGGACGGGAGUCAGCUAGAGGGAUUCUGGAAGAGGGCUACAGGACACUUGAACAGCAGUCACCUUUUGUGAUUAUUGAAGGGGACUAUCACCAUCUUUGCAGGCCUCAUCAAGUUUGGUACGCGAGGCCGCUAAGCUGCCCAGGGACCACAAUGAAAGAGGGGCUUGCCGCAGGCUCGGAAGAUUUCAAGACAGAGGUGUUUGAAGAGGGUCUUCCUCACCAUAGCCCACCUCACCUGGAGCCCCAGGAGAUCAAGGUGGAGCCCGAGGAAAGGCCUCUCCACUCCUGGGAUGCUCAGUGGCAGGGCUGCCCGCCAGGAGAUGAACCCUCUCAUUCCACGUGGGACGCCGCUCGGCCGUCGGAGGACGAGAGCCCUCCAGUUGUCCCGGACGUCCGCCGGGAGCCUGCCGGGAAGGGGAGGGCGAAGCACGUCCCAGCCUUCCGAGACGGAGACUGGAAGAUCUCCAGGACCCUGAAACCAGGAGACCCAAACGGGAAGGGCGAUGUCCCCAGCGGAGGCAACAUCGACACGGAGGCCAAGCGCCAGCGUUUCCGGGGUUUCCGCUACUGGGAGGCCGAGGGGCCUCGCACGGCCUGCGACCGACUCCAGGAGCUGUGCUACGGCUGGCUGAAACCGAAGAGGCACACCAAGGAGCAGAUCUUGGAGCUGGUGGUCCUGGAGCAGUUCCUGGCCGUCUUGCCGCCAGAGAUCCAGAGCUGGGUGAGGGAUGGUCGCCCCGAGACCUGCGACCAGGCGGUGGACCUGGCAGAAGCCUUCCUGCUGAGGCCUCAAGAGGAUCUGGACACGUACGACGAAGUGGUUGUGGGCCUGUCGGAUGGAGACCAGGCUUUGAUGGAGACCGAGGUGAAGGAAGAGGUCGACAGCCCCACCUCACCAGAGUGGACGCCAGGCCAAGACCAGCCAGCUCCUACACAAGGAAGACUCCUCUGCCAGAGAAGAUGAAGACGAUUGGCAAAAUAAACUCUUGAACUAUGCAGGACAAGUCAGUUAACUUGAACCCCAAGAAAAUAAAGAGGACUUUGAAUUUUAUAAAAAGGGGCAAUUGUUUAAUGCAUAUCUUUUAAGCAUUGUGUAUAGAUUUUUACAUUAGUCUAAGUUCUAAAAGUCACUUGUAACAAGUUUAAAAUUGUUUUAGGUUUAAAAUUGGAUUAUUAAGAAUAUGAGGUUUAAAGGAUGUGCGUGAACGAAUACUAAACAAUGGAACCAAGAGGGGGGGAGUGGAGGGAAGUCAAGCAAAAAGUAUGGUUUAAAAAUUUGUUUAUGGUGUUUUCUUUCUCUUUCUGCAUUAUUGUUGCUAUUUUUGUUUUUAUUUUUGUUGUUACUUUUGGAAAAUUAAUAAAAUGUUAUCAAAAGAAAUAAUAAUAAUUGGGCCCAGAAACUAAUUGGUAGCCAGUGCAAUCGGAUCAGGAUCGGUAUAAUAUGCUCAAAGCGUCUUGCUUUGGUGAGCAACCUGGCCGCUGAAUUCUGCACUAGCUGAAGUUUCCGAACUGUCUUCAGAGGCAGCCCUACGUAUAAUGCAUUGCAGUAAUCUAACCUUGAGGUUACCAGAGCAUAGACAAUGGUAGUUAGGCUAUCCUUGUCCAGAUAGGGGCAUAGCUGGGCCACCAGCCGAAGCUGAUGGAAGGCACUCCGGGCCACUGAGGUCACCUGAGCCUCAAGGGACAGCAAAGGUUGUAUCCAAAGGCAUUUCCCAUCUCUGACUGUGGCAGGAGAAUGUAACCAUUGUGACUUGGGUUCAUGGUAUCCCUGCAGAAAUCCCUUGAGCAUGGGCCGUCCUCCUCUCUUCAUUAUUUUUGCUCAUGGCUGUCGGAAGGACAUAACGCAUAAUGGAAAUAUUAGUGUUUAAAGUCCUAAAUGAUCUGAAAUAAUAAAUAAAUCAUAUAAAUAAUUUUUUAUUUAUACCCUGCCCUUC